GGCCUGUUGCGGGCGCUAGGCCGGCCCGUUGCGCGGGAGCGGGGACAGCGAGGGCGUACGGACGCGCAAUGGGCUCAUUGCUCGACCGAACUUGAAGCGCGCCACAGACACAGAAGGGCACACCGUCUCUUCAAACACAGUCAGGGUAGUCUCGACUGUUACAUACCAUUACUCGGGAGCAGCGACGCUGCCCUCUGUAGCAGGACGCGACUUCAGAUCGCAUUGAACUUGAGUCCUGAGUCUCUCGGGAAGCCCCAGCUUACCGGAUCUGGUCUAGGAGUUCAGGACAAGGACAAAUGGCGGGCUUCCGGCCGCUAAACCUAGUGCGGCCGUUCCUCUCGGUGCUGCCCGAUGUGCAGCAAGCCGACCGGCGCGUUCCCUUCAGGGAGAAGUUCCUCUACACCGCGGUUACGCUGUUCAUCUUCCUGGUCUGCUCUCAGCUGCCUCUUUAUGGCAUCAAGACCAACAGCAGCAGCGACCCCUUUUACUGGGUCCGUGUUAUCAUGGCGUCCAACCGCGGCACCUGUAUGGAGCUCGGUAUUAGUCCCAUCGUCACCUCCGGCCUGGUUAUGCAGCUGCUUGCUGGUUCCAAGAUUAUCGACGUCGACAACAGCGUGAAGGCGGACCGCGAGCUGCUGAACGGCGCGCAGAAGCUGCUCGGCGUGCUGAUCACCAUUGGCGAGGCUGUCGCUUAUGUUGUCUCCGGCAUGUAUGGCGACGUGCGUGAGCUGGGCGCUGUCAACGCUAUUCUGAUUAUUACUCAGCUGUUCAUGGCUGGCAUCAUCGUCAUCUGCCUUGAUGAGCUGCUGCAGAAGGGCUACGGCCUGGGCUCGGGUAUCUCCCUCUUCAUCGCCACCAACAUCUGCGAGUCCAUCAUCUGGAAGGCGUUCAGCCCCUACACCAUCACUGGCCCCCGCGGUGCUGAGUUCGAGGGUGCCAUCAUCGCCAUGUUCCACCUCCUCAUCACCCGGUCCGAUAAGGUCCGCGGCCUGAAGGAGGCUUUCUACCGCACUAACCUGCCCAACAUGACCAACCUGAUGGCCACCAUCCUCAUCUUCCUGGUGGUCAUCUACUUCCAGGGCUUCCGCGUCGACCUGCCCGUGCGCAACAAGCGCGCCCGCGGCCAGCAGGGCAACUACCCCAUCAAGCUGUUCUACACCAGCAACAUGCCCAUCAUCCUGCAGUCCGCCCUGGUGUCCAACUUGUACUUCAUCUCCCAGCUGCUGUACAAGCGCUACGGCGGCAACAUGCUGGUGCAGCUGCUGGGCCGCUGGCAGCAGACCGAGUACGGUGGCGGCCAGAUGAUCCCCGUGGGCGGCCUGGUGUACUACAUCUCGCCCCCCAGCAGCCUGACCGAGGUGGCGCAAAACCCGCUGCACGCGCUGUUCUACGUGACCUUCAUGCUCACUGCCUGCGCGCUGUUCUCCAAGACCUGGAUUGAGGUGUCGGGCAGCAGCGCCAGCGACGUCGCCAAGCAGCUGAAGGAGCAGCAGAUGUUCAUCCAGGGCCACCGCGACACCACCGCCUCCCUGAAGAAGGAGCUGAACCGCUACAUCCCCAUUGCCGCGGCCUUCGGCGGCAUGUGCAUCGGCGCUCUGACCAUCGUGGCCGACUUCAUGGGCGCCAUUGGCUCGGGCACCGGUAUCCUGCUGGCUGUGACCAUCAUUUACCAGUACUUCGAGACGUACGAGAAGGAGAAGGCCCAGGCGCCUGGCUCUCUCUUUUAAGCUUCUUUCCGGACUGCUGCCCCACGCUUUGGCGCACCUGAUGACGGGAGCCGCGACGCUGCACGCGGAGAGCGGCUGACGCCAGGUGGCGAGGUGGUGGUGUCACUAGACGCGGGGGCGUGCGGGGCAGUCAGCGUGCGAGGAAUGUUGCAAAUGGGGCAAGGAAAGAGCGGUGCUGCCAGCGCUCUGUAUCUUGCGCCUGUAUGGCCGCAUGGUUACCUGUGGCGGACCUCGAGGUGACUGACCUCUUAGUUGCACGUGACUGAUGUAGCUAUGGCAGGCGGUUCCUGCUGCUGCGACAGAGGUUUGGACAUACUGACGACCAUGACCAACCAAACUAGGUUUUGACUCCAGACAGUGUAGCGUGCGUGGCAGUAAAGGACCCGCCGAAAUGGGCCGGUCUGCAGAAAUUACUUUUCGUGUGGGUGUGUGUGGUGUCGUGAGUGCAACAGAAAGGGCGCCAACGUCGCCUUCUCCCACUUGUUUGGGUAAUAGUGGGAGCAGCAUGGGUAGCAGGCUGUAGACCUGAUUAAUUCCAGGUGCCAUCGAUGAUUCGGAGGCUAGCAGAAUAGACACACAUCGAAAGGGCUUCUCACAUGAAGCCCAUAACUAGAUGAAGCGGAGGCAAGCGAGUGCACUGUGAUUGGAGGGUGCAUCGUGAUGUGGGCAUGCAUGUAAUGCUUUCCUCAA